UGCUAUAAAAGUCAAAAAGAUAAUAUAUAUGGCAAAGAUGUGGUGUAAAAUAGGUUGUCAAAAACUAUUUUGAUUUUUCUGAGUUCUGAAGAACCAUAUUUUCGAAAAUAUAAAUAAAUAAUUAGGUUUAACCAGUGGAGCACCUUAUGUUUUGUGUAUAUAAAUAGAAAUGGCUCAUUUGCAGUACAUGCCCGGCGACCCUCGCUUAGUUGAUCAAUUGGUGUACGAACUCAAAUCUAAAGGAAUAUUCGAUCAGUUUCGUAAAGAGUGCAUCGCUGAUGUCGACACAAGGCCAGCGUACCAGAAUCUGCGUCAAAGAGUUGAGAAUUCCGUGUCAACAUUUCUCUCCAGACAAACGUGGCAGCCGGAUCUGAACAAGAAUCAGUUGAGAGAGAAACUCAGAAAGCACAUACUUGAUGGCAACUACUUAGAGCAGGGAGUGGAAAGGAUCGUAGAUCAAGUUGUGAAUCCGAAAGUGGCUUCUGUUUUCAUUCCAAAAGUGGAAGAUUUGGUAUACAAUUAUUUAGGAAUAGCACGAAAGAAAACUGUGACUGCUGAAACUUCAAAUGGCAAGAUUGUUGAUCUUUUACCCACUGACUUAGAAGCGGUCAGUCCCGGUUCAGUAAAAAGUAAUGACGACAAAAAUGAGUCAAUGGAAGUUGACGGUGUACCGGGAGAAAGUAACAUGGUUGUAGAUGAAAAAUCGGUAAGUGACGUAAAAGAAAACAGUAUGACAAUUGAAUUACCAGAAGAAAAAGCAGAAGAUAUCCAGCUACCAAGCACCGAACCAACUACCGAUGUCGAUAAGAGUAACAUACCUCUGCCUGCGGAAGAAAUAAAGCCUGAAAAUAUACCGCCACCGGAUAACAGUCCACCUAAAGUUGAAUUGGAGAAAAUCGAACUACCUAAAGAACCAAUAAUAUCCACUAAUAUACCGCUUCCAGAUGAUAUAAGCAAGGACGAUAAAGACCAAUACUUUAAACCGAUAAAUAGUGAUGAUGACGACUCAAGUUCAGAUUCCUCACUACGCAGAAAUAUGUCACCGUUGACACCUAUACGGAACUUUAACAAUGAAAAUUCGAGCGACGCUCAACAAGCAUUUGACAAUGACUUAACUGACGUAAAAGAUAAUGAUAUCAAAGAACCGAGUUCGUUUAAAUUUGCAAUCGACGUAAAGUCUCCUGAAAACAGUUCUGAUGUAAUUAAAACUGAAAAGAAAGAUACAGAAACCAACUUGUCUUAUCAAUUUAAUAACCAAGUUAACAUUAAUAAUUUCAAUACACCACUGUACGAAGACAGUUCAAAUAGCAAUAUUCUACACAUUGAUUAUGAAAGUGAUGCCAACAGCAAAGUUAUCCAAGAAAAUAAAGUAGUAGAAAACGAUCAGAAUUCUGAAGACUCUAGAAAGGAACGUAAGUCGGAUGAUAAGAGGAGCAGUCAUAAUAAGAGUUCACAUCGCUCGAGAGAUUCCAGCAAACAUUCGAGCAGUCGAGAUAGAAAAUCAGAUACUAAACAAUCAAGCUCUAGGGAUAGCAGUAGACACGACAAAAAUAAAUCCUCAAGGGAUGAAAGCAAGUCCAAAUCAGACAAAGACAGAUCCAGAUCUGACAAAAGUGAUAAGAAAGAUAGCAGAGAUUCAUCAAGACAUAGAAGCUCCCAUAAAUCAAGUCACAGAGAUUCGAAGUCCCAUCGAAGUUCGAGCUCAAGCCACAGACAUUCUAGUAAACAUUCGGAUGAUAAAAAAUCAUCGUCAUCCUCUUCAAAUCAAAGAGAUAAGGACAAAAGUUCAGAUAAAAAUUUGAUGGACAAACCAAGAGAUUCGAAAUCUAGUAGCCAUCGAUCCGAUAAAGAUAGAAAAAGUAGCAGCAGUAGUAGAAGUGAUAAAAGUAAGAGCAAAAGUGAUGAAAAAGAUAAAAAUAAGAAAAGUAAAAAGGAAACCGAUGAUCAUUACAGCUUAUCUGGCAGAGGUAAUCCGAACCGACGGUCAACGGAUAGGGAUUCGAAUGACGGUAGUACAUCAUCAAAAGGUUCGACACACCCUUCGAGCUCUAAAACAUCAGAAAGUAAAAAGGAAACCAAAAGUAGUUCGAAAUCGGAGAGUACUCCACCCAGUGGAGACUCAACAAGCCCUAGCGAUAAGGAAAAUAUAGUUCACGAACGCGGCAGUAUAAUUAAAGAAUCGCUUCAGCAUAAACCGAUAAUUAGAAUAGAGAGUCAUUUGGAGCAACCAGUGGCAUCGCCACCUAGAUUGCCCUUUGUUCCAGAUGUGACCAUAAAGAAACCAAAAUUCGCUGCUAAUUUAGAAGAAGCCAAACGGUUAAUGAAAAUGCGUAAAUUUCUAGAUGAGGAACAGAAAAGGAUGAAUCAAGAGGCUGCGCUUUUAUUAGAAUUUCAAGCAAAUGUAAGGCCUAGUUUGAGUCAGGUUUACUCUAGUAUUCCUGGACCUGAACUAGAAUUUGCUUGUAUUACUAAUACAGGACACAGCCAAGGCUUGGUCGUACAAAGUAAUGAGAAUAUUCAAGAGUCCCACUAUACAAGCAAUCAACUACUGAAUGUUUUAAACGAUGCAAGUGUUGAAGUAGAAAAGAACGCUAUACAAGAAAUGCAAAGCGAUACAGCAGAUAUGGAAGACACUAAUGAUCAAGUUGUGUCAUCAGAAAACGCUGAUGAAAUUAAUAUUGAAAAUAUUGAAGCGGAUGAUAAUUGUACUAAUGUAGGUAAUAUUGAGUCUGAAACAGUAAAAGAUAAAUCAUACUAUGAACAAAAAUGCACUGUAAAUAGAGACAGUUCUCUAAAAAGUCCUAACUCAAAUAUGGUAGAAAAGAAUCAAACUAAUCUUUUUGAAGUUACUGUUAUCGCUGAAGAAUUAUCAGAAAAUGAGGAAAUACAUAAUGAACGGGCACACGACACGGGCAGAAUUGGUGAAGAAUUCGAUGGCGAUAAAGACUCUCAAGAACCGUUUAUCGGAGAUGAAAACAAAUUGCACUAUUUCGCUGAACACGAGAAAUACAACGCGGAAAUAGAAAGAGCUAGGUUUAGUAAAUUCCUGAAGGAAUACGAUUCGAGAUCAUCUAUUAGUAAUAAGAUAUACUUGAUCAACUGCGAUAGCUACGAAGAGAACCUAAUUCGAGAUACAUCGAAAAAAUUCGGUGAUUACGAAAUAGUCAACUAUCACAGAAAUGGACAUUUAAAGUUAUCGAAAACCGGAAACGUUAUUAAGAACCUGAAUAUUACAAAUGAGAUAUCACUACCCAUUGAUGUAGAUUACGAACCAACAAACUACUAUGAAAACUUCAAAUCCAAUGUUUUCAGUCCAGAAAAAUCUGAAUGUUCGUUUGAGCUAUCUAGUGAUUACGAUGCCAAAUUAGAAGAGAUGGUCAAUAAGACAUCUAGACAGGAAAUUAUGGAAAUCAUACUUGGCAGUGUUAUAGAUACAUCGCCGAGUAAAAUGCCCAAAAUCGACUAUUUAACAGAUUCGAACAUUGAGAGUGGAUGUGAAAACAAUUUGAAGCGUAAAAUGAAUGAUGUGGAAACUACGAUCAAUAACAACAGGCAUGUUCUGACACCAAACAAGAUAAGGAAACUUAGUACGGAGCAGAUAUCGUCUACCACAGAUAACGAUGAAAUUUCAAAUAACAAGAUUAUAAACAGUGCGCGUUCGAAAUAUUUGGGCAAAGCUAGGAGAGUCGGUCUGUCUAGACCAAAGAGGUCUGGCUUACCCAACAGUCCGUCAAGCGACAAAUCAGUCGAGAAUUAUGAAGAAGAAACCCAGCCCCAGACACCGAAUGGAAAAAUAAAACGCGUUCAAGUACAGAGAUACGAUACAUCGGACUUAUAUAAACCUAAACUGCACUUUCUCUCACGAAGAAGCCAUAUUACUUAAAAAUACCGCCAUUUUAAUUUGAGAAUGUCAAAUUGGGCGGGAAAUUUGAUUUUCGAAAGUGCGUUCCUUUUGUUAAAUUAAUUAUAAAAUUCGCGGCCAGUUUUACCGCUUAUUGAUAUUUAUCUGAUGUACAAUGGUAUCCAACAGACUAACCUUUCUGAACCUAUCUGAUUGUAUUGUCUUCUUUUUCUAUUUCACCAUCUAACUUUUACUUUAUCUAUUAGUUCUUUCUAUUCUUAAGAUGAAUAACCAAACGUUGUAGUUUAUUAGUUGCUUCCUCCUACUGAUAAAGUCACUGAUAGCUUACACGUUACUUACCUCAGAGAUAAAAUUUAUCAAAAAUCGGUAAAAUAUUUCCUUUUCCUUUAUAUGAUAAAUCACGUCGUUUGUGUCAUUAUUAUAAAUAAUGCUAUUUAAAACAUACUUUUCAUAUACAUUUAAUAUUUGGACAUUGUUUGAUAUA